AUGUUGUGGCAAACGGUCUACCUGGUCGUCUUGACGUGCGCCGUGGUCAGUUCCAAACCAAUCCUCUCCAGCAGUGAUCAGGAGAGUAUUCGAAAACCCCGUCAUAUUGGAGGAUUUGGAGGUGGUGGAAUAGUUGGAGGCGGGAUCGUUGGAGGCGGUAUCAUCGGCGGAGGAGGAGUAGCUGCCCCCAUAGUGGCAGCACCCGCCAUUCAAACAGUUCCUGUAGUCUCCACCGUACCCAUAAUCACCACUGUUCCCGUAGUAUCCAGUAUUUCUACCAUUCAAACGAUCCCUAGCUAUGGUUAUGGAUAUGGUUACAAUGGAAUUGGAGGAGGUGGUUAUCCAGCAGCCGGAGGAUUGGGUGGACUUGGUGGUCUUGGUGGCGUCGGAGGCGGUGGUUUUGUUGGAGGCGCCGUUGGUUUUGCCAAAUUCAAAGGCGGCUUCUUUGGCUAGA